CCUAAAUGUCAUCCCCAAAAAAAAAAACAAAUAAACGUCAAAAUAAUUUUCUUUUGCAUUAUUUUUUUUUUACAAAAAUAAUUAGUGAUUAAUAAUUGCAACAAAUGCGAUGUAAAUUACUAUUUUAGUUGGACAAAGGGUGGAUAUCACCACUGGUUUAUCUCUGUGUGUUAUCAAAGGAAUGCUUCAGUAAAUUUACUUAUUUUAGAUGGAUAAAUACACUGUGGAUCUAGACCAAGUUUUAAAUGACUUUGAAUAUUAUGAACUUACUGACCAACAUUCCAAAAAUGUACCAGAAAAGGCACAGAAUAAUAAUGUCCAGUAUCAACCGCCCCCUGUGACUGCGAAACAUAGCAUUAACAAUGUAUUCCAUAGUUUAAAUGAAUAUUUGAAUAGUAGUGUGGGAGUAGAGGGUGAACAUGCAGGUUCUAGUUUUCCACAGGAGAAUAAAAUAGGUGAGAAUGACAAUAAUUUUGGAGAACUUAACACAAAUGCAGUUAAUAAUAAAACCAUUUUUGACAAAGAAAAUGAGGAAAAAAUUGAUGUGAGAGAAGAUCCAAGAGCGCUUGAGGGUGAAAAAGAAACAUUAGAACCUGCAGGUAUAAUAGAAGAAGUUGAAGCUCCAGAAAUUGUAAAUGAUGUAAAUAUUCCAAAUGAAUGUGAUAGUAGUGUUACUGAGCAGACUGAUAGUUUAUUGGAACAAGAAGAAAAACCAAAUUUUAUGGAUAAUUGUGAAAAAAACCUAUUGAUGCAUCCUCCAAUUUCAAAAGUAAUUGGGGCAAUUGAAAACCAAGACACCAUAUUGAUUGAUCUUACAGAGGCACCAGAGAAUAUCCAACAAGAAUGUUCUAGUGAUGUUCUGAAUAAUAAAGUACCACAUGACUUUAUCAUUGAACCGUCAGAAAGUUUCAUGCAAGGUGACAGUUUAAUUGAGACUAAAAAUGAAGAUCCAAUAAAUGUAAAAGAAAUUCCAGAAAACGUUGAAAAUCAGACGGAAUCCUUUACUGAUGAUGAUGUAGGAACUGUAGAAGUACCAGAUGAAAAUGAAGACAUUUCAAAUAAAGUAGAACCAGAUUCUAGCAGUUUAACGGUGAAAGAAGAUCCACCCACAAUGUUAAAUGUAGAAAAUUGUCAGGAGAAUUGUAACCCUGAAACAAUAGAAGAUUCAGUGAAAGAACUUGAAGUUGAAGAUGUAGUGGUUGAAGAAGUAACUCCCACAGAACCAUUUUCCAAAGAGGAAGAUUUUCCAGUUAAAACCGAAGAAACCAGUGAGGCUAUACCAGAACAACCUAAACCAGUAACUUUUUAUGUUGAAAAUAUUGAUAUAGAUGAAUCUGAACUAAACAAAAUGUUAGAAGAUCUGGAAUUAGAAGAAGACGAGAAUAACGAAAAUAUAACUCCACCUAAAGAAGUGGAUGAUAAACAGGAUAAAUCUGUUGAUGGUGAUCAAAUUGGAGCAAGUCAGGAAAUGGUGCAAUUAGUUAAUAAUGCAUCUGAUUUAGUCGAAAAUGAACCAGGAGCAGUAACAGAAAAAGAGCCAAAAAUAAUUGAAUGCUUGGAAGUAGAGAAACCCAAGAGAGUAAAAAGUUCCAUAAAAGUCAAGAAGAACCAAGAAGUUGGAGAAGCUGCACUUGUCGAAGAGCCGAAACAAGAAGAGGGCACAAAAGAGUUGGGUGAAGGUGGUUCGGAAUCCAAAGAGACAUCCGAGGAAGCCCAAAGUAGACCUGAUACUUUACCCUUAAAUAAUGAGUUGGCAGGAGAUGAGAAAACUGGAAGGAAAAUCAACUUAAUUGGCAGUCCAGGUUCUACCCCAUACAACAACGUUUACGUAAACAAGUCUAUUAAAAAGCCAAAAGUCCAGGAUGUAGAAUCAACGGAUUACACAAGCUGUUCGGCGAGUCCCACUUUUUCAGAUUGUAGUACGGAAAGUACCAGUACAGCUAGUACCGUUUCCGUCGAAGACGAUCCCAAUAACAGCGAACGAUUCGUUAAGAAAACACCGAAAGUGAAAAACGUCAAUAUUGAAAACGAAGUUGCGAGAUUACAAGGAAUUGGGGGACAACAACAAAAAAAUGCUGAAUCUCAAGGUACAGACUCAAACGAGCCUACUCAAGAACAGGCAGAGGAUGGCACCGCUACUUCCACAGAACCGGAAAACCCUGAAACAUUAAACAAUGCGGGAACAGAAGGGCAAGCCUCAAAUGUGUCACAGUUUAACAGUCAGGAUAAAUCCUGGUUGGGCAAAGAGGCACCUUUAUGGAUCCCGGACGCCGAUACGUCCUUAUGUUUACAUUGCGACAUGAAAUUUACGAUCGUUAAAAGACGGCAUCAUUGUAGGGCAUGUGGAUUGGUGUUAUGUUCUAAAUGUUGCAACUUAAAACAUUGGCUGGAGUAUCUGGACGCUGAAGCUAGAGUCUGUAACAAAUGCUAUGAGAUAUUGAGCAAAGAUAGACCAAACAAUGCCUCUUCGUCAAAUACCAAUUCGCCAGAAACGGAAAAUUCCCCAUUCAGGCCAAACCCGAACAAUCCCCUGGAGUAUUGCUCUACAGUGUCACCUCUACAGCAGGCAGGUCAGACCGCGGGAGCACCUCCUUCUGUAAUGGUCCCAGUUGGUGUGUUGAAGAGAAAAGGUUCAAACAAGAAAUCGAACAAAUCUGUGAUGUUUUGCGAUGGCAUAGCGCCCGGCAGUGACUUGACCAACUUAGAUCAGGAUUUUAAUUAUAACAAACCCCCUGGGGAGACUAAGAAGAUUGUGGAGCCGGUGGCACCUGUCCCGCCUGUCGUAGAUAAUCCUGUAACGAAACCGCCAAGAAAUCAGACAAAAAUCGAUAAGGAGACUGGCUGUUAUAUACCGAAAUGUGAAACGAAUUUACCCCCAACCAUAUCUAGAAAUAAAACAGAUAUUUCUUAUACAGAUUGUUCCAAUACCCCCAGUGUGGUUGAAAUGUUGAAAAAUGAAAAGUUAACUUUCGCCAUAACUCAGAAUCUCUUUGUACAUGUAAAAAUUAUAAAUAUGAAAUGUUGUAUAAACAAGGAAGCUUGGUGUUUCGCCUCGGACGGUCUAAUUAAUGUUGGCUCAGAUGAAGUCGUAUAUUUAAUAGAGUACAUUGAAGAAGAAAGUUUUGUGCCCAAAGAUGUAUUUUUCCAUAUUUAUAAUGUCUAUAUUGAUGCAGUAAAAGGUAGAAACAUGCAGUCAAAAAUCAUCUCUGGUCUAUUUAUUUUGCUGUCUCAAAUCAUUUUAGGUAUCUCAAUAAAAGAACUUGGUUUAUCGCUGCACGAUAAACCGAACUUCUUGGACUCGAGAAACCACGCAGGAUUCGUGUAUAUAAAACCAUCAUUUCAGUGCUUGGAAAAUGUUAUAGUGCCUAAAGAGCCUUAUUUAGUGGGAAUUUUAAUACACAGGUGGGAGACUCCUUGGGCAAAACUCUUCCCUUUAAGAUUAAUCCUACGAUUAGGGGCCGAAUACAGGUACUACCCAAGUCCCUUAAUAUCCACCAGACAUAGGGACAGCGUAUUUGUCGAAAUCGGUCACACUAUCAUUAAUCUUUUAGCGGACUUCCGAAAUUUCUCCUAUACGCUUCCUCAAAUCCGCGGUCUGGUAAUUCAUAUGGAAGAUAAGAAAACCACUAUAACCAUUCCAAAGAAUAGAUAUGACCAGGUGAUAAAAUCCAUAACGAACUCGAGCGAGCAUAUUUUAGCUUUCGCUGGGAAUUUUAGCACCGUGGCUGAUUCGCAUUUGGUCUGCAUACAAGAUACGCAAGGCCACGAAAACUCUUAUGCCACACACGCAAUUAAUAUACAUAACAAACCCAGAAAAGUGACUGGCGCUUGCUUCAUAGUUUUCAACGGAUCGCUAAAGUCGAGCAGCGGCUUGACCGCAAAAUCGAACAUCGUUGAGGACGGCCUCAUGAUUCAAGUACCUUCGGAACACAUGGACAAAUUGAGAGAGAAUUUACGGCUUAUGAAGGACCACAGCAUCGCUUGCGGUUGCGUUAACGCCGAAACUGAUGAAACUGUUAACAUUAUUUGGGGAGAGAACGAUACUGACUUUAAUAAUGGAGUAAAGUCUCCAGUAGACGACUCUGACAUGAAAGGCAUCCCGUCUAUCAGAGUUCAUAACGGUAAGGAUUUCGUUAGUAAUAACGGAGCGAGACUUAUACGGUGGACUGAAGUAUUUAUUAUCCAAAGUGGUGAGGAAAAUUCAAAAAAUCAAGAUCCGGUGGAUAUUUCGAAAGUGUCGGAGAGCAUAGCGAGGGCAUGUUGUACCGCCUUAGUGAAAUAUUUGGAUCUGUUGGUUACCAAUAGUUGUAAUAAAAUUGGUGUAAGGACUACUUUACACGUGGAAAACGUUUCAUAUUCAGCGGGUAGUAACGGUACCAAACUGACGCCGAUUUACAUGCGUAGCUUGGACAACGAAUUAAUCCCGGUCCUGCACAGGAUAACGUCGAGCAAUUUGGGUGAUAGCGCUAUAGUAUUAGAGUUAAUAUUUCGCAUACUAAAUGCGUAGCGUCUAUGAAACAAUUGAUAUGAAUGGAUUUUUAAAAGACUUAUGAGCAACAGUUUAAAACCCGUUUUUUAUUUUAGAAGCACCAAAAAAAAGGAAUAUUUUAUAUCUACGGUUUUAUUUUGGUGUUGUGCUUUUACAGUAUUUUAUGUUUUAAACGUUUUGUUUGGAUAAAUCGGUUUUAGCGGAUAUUGUGAUAAGAUUACUGUUUUUUUUUUAAAUUAGUCCGGGCUGGUCAAUAUUAACAUUUAAGAGUAAUUUAUUAUUCAGCUUGAAAUGUUCGUCUUAAUUACUUUAUAUUUAAAUUUUAACCAAAAUGUAACGAUUGAAAAAAAUUGUUUUUAUGAUUUAUAUUCCGUACUAAGCGCAUCUGUAGCUAUUAGUUUAAAAAAAGGAUAUUUUACGUUAGUGCUUAUAAAUAAUUAUCAUUAAAAUGUAUGUAGCAGCACACCUUUAAACUG